GAGGGAUUUGGAGGGGGAAUAGGAGGAGAGUUUUACGGCAUGGAACUGGGACCCAGUGGGCAAGUGGAACAGGAAGAGCGGGCUCAACGUCUCUCUGCAGGCAGCCGAGGCAGUGGACCAGGGGCCUGGCAACAAAGUCUAUGUCGUUUCUGCUUACGAGACUGAGCCGUACGUGAUCAGGAACGCCUCAUCUCCAUCAGGAUUCUCUGGCUUCUGUGUGGAGCUCCUGGACAUGAUAGCCAAGGCCAAGAACUUCUCUUACAGGAUCGAGCUGACUGACACCGUGGGCAAAGAACAGUCCAACGGCUCUUGGAACGGUGUCAUGGGCGCUCUCAUUGACCGGAAAGCUGACAUUGGCAUUGGUGAUCUGACCAUCAACUUAGUGCGAGAGCAACAAGUGGACUUCACGAAGCCUUUCCUGACUCUGGGAAUCACCAUCCUGUACAAGCGGCCAGCUCCAAAGUCUUUGAACCUUUUCUCCUUUCUGCAACCGCUUUCCGUGGAUGUGUGGGUGUACAUGAUAGCCGCCUAUCUCUGUGUGAGUUUCAUGCUGUUCGUCAUUGCGCGGUUUAGCCCGUACGAGUGGUGUAACCCCCACCCGUGUAACCCUGACACAGACGAGGUGGAGAACCAGUUCACGGUGAUGAACAGUCUCUGGUUCACCAUUGGUUCCCUCAUGCAGCAAGGUUGUGAGAUCGCCCCACGCGCCCUGUCCACACGUAUGGUGGCGGGCAUGUGGUGGUUUUUCACCCUCAUCAUGAUCUCCUCCUACACCGCCAACCUGGCCGCUUUCCUCACCGUGGAGAGGAUGGUCUCGGACAUCAACAGCGCCGAUGACCUGGCCAAACAGACCAAGAUCAAAUACGGCACGUUUGCUGGAGGUGCCACCCAAGAGUUUUUCCAGAAAAGCAAUAUGCCACCUUUUGAUAGAAUGUGGAACUUUAUGAAUGCUACGGGAGAAUCGGCGUUCGUGCAGAACCUCACGGAGGCUGUAGAGCGGGUGAAGACCGGAGACUACGCCUACAUUACAGAGUCGACCACAGUCAAGUUUGUCGUGGAAAGAAACUGUAAUCUCAUGCAGAUCGGCGGAUUGUUGGAUACUAAGGGUUACGGAUUCGCCACACCGCAAGGCUCCUCUCUGAGAGAACAUCUGACGGAGGAGAUAUUGCGACUGACAGAGCUUCAGGACAUCGAGCGACUCCGCGUCAAGUGGUGGGAAAAGGAGUUGGGCGGUGGCAAAUGUCACAAGGAGGAGGGAUCUAUGGCUGGCAAAGCCAAUGAGCUCGGAGUAGAGAAUGUGGGUGGAGUUUUCGUCUUCUUGAUGGGUGGGGUUGUGAUCGGAUUCUUCGUGUCCAUCUGCGAGUUUGUGUGGAAAGCCAAGAAAAACGCCAAAAAGGAUAAGCAAACAUUGUGCUCUGAGAUGUCGGAAGAAUUCCGCUUUGCAGUCCGGUGCCUUGGCUCGAAGAAGUCGAAGAAAAAGGAAAAUGACGAGAUCACAGACAAUGGUCUUCAAUUUAUGCCAUUGACGGGAUACAACCAAAACGCCUAUGGGAAGGAAGUAUACGCCUAAAACAUCAUUUUUAGCACUGAUCUUAUUGUUACUCACUAUCCUUUGAGUAAUUUGUAGUUAUGGUUUAUUAGAGAUAUGGUGGUUCUUUCAGAUUUUUCUUCAACUAAAAUGUUUCGAAGAGAAAGCAGUUUUGGUUGAUGGGAAUGACAAGACAACAUCUAAAAUAUUAAUGCCCACCCUACAUCUCACAAUGCAUAUUUGUUUUUCUCCAAAACAUAAAUUAAUGAAACC